AUGCAGUCCGCUCUACUUCUAUUGCGUCUACAGAGAGUCCCGCAGUCCACCAUCCACCUCUUGCUGGGGACCAACCACAAAGCCGUUGAGAACAUGGAGACAAAGAUAUGCCGACUGCGCCAAGCUUAUGUGGAGAAGGAAGAAAAGAAAAUCGUCUUCGGGAAUGCUAAAACAUGGGUGGAUGUAGAAGCGGACGAAGCCACCUUUGACAAGCGUGACAUCUCUGAAGUACCCCAUCUACGCCAUCUCAUCGUCAAGCCCAAGGACACGAUCAUGUGGGAGCAGUGGGCUGGUAUCAUACAACGGGGAAAGCCGCACACAUUGGUCCUUGGCAAGUUAAGCCCAAAGUUGACACGAACAAGAGCACCUGGCCCCGGUGCUAUUCGAAAAACCGAAUGGAAGACCAUCGCCAACCAGAUCCUCGUGAACCGCAAGGUUGUUCUCCAUACGGAUUCGGCUAAAAGCUAUAAGCUGAAAAUGCCAGGGGUGAUCCACGACCGUGUCGUUCACUGCAAGAAACGCAUCAAAGUCAAUGGCGUGUACCGCUGGACAAGCCCUAAGUACGUCAACUUGGUUACCCACAACAUCCCAGGAACCAAGAAGAAAUUGCGCGUGAUAUCAGGAACCCAGAUCGUGGACAGGGCAUGGAGGUUCUUGAAAGAUCGCCUCAAAAUCAACCAAAACACAAAGGCAGGUACACGUGCCUUGAAGGCAAAACUACGCUCGGCACAGUACGAUUACUGGAUGAAGAACUCCGACCUCUGGCUUGCCACCGGUGAUCUCUGCAGUGAAGCCCUCAAGAAGUGUUACCCUGAGGCAUGCUGA